AGACAGAGAAUGAAGACAAGGCUCCUAUAACUAAAGACCUACCAGAGACAAUCGACAUAAUUAUUCUUGAUCCAGAAGUUGAGAACAUCUUCGAAAUAGAAGCCAAUCUUGUGAAUAAAACUAUUAUUGUCAAAUUAUCAAAAAAAUAG